CUGAGCCACAUGGAGGGCCGAUGCAACAUUGGCAGCAAAAUGCUCCACCAUCGGCAGAUCAUGUUGUUACAAUGCCCCCUAAACCAUCUCCUCCACCAGCGGGGAGAUUAGUACCUCCGCACCCUCCACCACGUGCACCUUCACCUCAGCCUCCAUCUUACAUGAACAGCAGUGGAGCUUCUUCGAAUUAUUCUGGAUCAGAAGUUGCACUUCCACCACCUUCUCCUGGCAUGGCCUUAGGUUACUCACAGAGCACAUUCACAUAUGAGGAAUUGGUUCGGGCAACUGAUGGCUUCUCAGAUGCUAACCUUCUUGGACAAGGUGGUUUUGGUUAUGUGCACAAAGGAAUCCUUCCUAAUGGGAAAGAGGUUGCAGUUAAACAGCUUAAGGCUGGGAGUGGACAAGGGGAACGUGAAUUUCAGGCGGAAGUUGAGAUUAUUAGCCGAGUACAUCACAAGCAUCUCGUGUCUCUUGUUGGAUAUUGCAUUACGGGGGUUCAGAGAAUGCUUGUUUAUGAGUUUGUUCCAAACAACACCAUGGAAUUUCAUUUACAUGGAAAGGGAAGGCCUCCGUUGGAUUGGCCUAUACGGCUAAAGAUUGCUCUAGGGUCUGCUAAAGGACUGGCAUAUCUGCACGAAGACUGCCAACCUAAAAUCAUUCAUCGUGAUAUUAAGGCAGCUAAUAUACUAGUCGACUUCAAUUUUGAGGCUAAGGUUGCUGAUUUUGGACUCGCUAAGCUAACUUCUGACGUUAAUACUCAUGUCUCCACCCGAGUGAUGGGAACUUUUGGGUAUCUGGCUCCAGAAUAUGCGUCCUCUGGAAAGCUUACUGAGAAGUCAGACGUAUUCUCCUUUGGUGUAAUGCUUCUCGAGUUGAUAACUGGACGUCGUCCUGUCGACAACAAUCAAACAUACAUGGAAGAUAGUUUGGUGGACUGGGCACGGCCAUUACUCACACGAGCUUUAGAAGAUGAAAAUUUUGAUGCUCUUGUUGAUCGUCGGCUAGGAAAUGAUUAUAACCAUAACGAGAUGGGCCGCAUGGUUGCUUGUUGUGCUGCUUGUGUGCGUCAUUCAGCAAAGCGUCGACCACGAAUGACACAGGUUCUCCGAGCUUUGGAAGGAGAUGUCUCGUUAUCAGACCUUAAUGAAGGGAUUAAACCUGGUCACAGCACAGUAUACAGUUCAUAUACAAGUUCAGAUUACGAUACACUUCAAUACAAUGAAGACAUGAAGAAAUUCAGGAAGAUGGCGCUAGCGACAAGUCAAGAAUACGGCAGCAGCGAUCAGUACAGUAAUCCAACGAGUGAAUAUGGGCUGAACCCAUCUGGAUCAAGUAGCGAAGCCGGUCAGACGAGGGAAAUGGAUACGGAAAUGAUUCGGAUGAAGAAAGACAGCAGAGGAUUCAGUGGAAGUAAAGGCUUCAGUGGGACUUCAUAGUUCCAGAACUCCAUCUCUGUAUAAUCUUUCAACCUAACUCUUUUAAGAUAUGAAUGGUUCAGCAAUUGCAUAGAACAAAUGAUUUACUUGGUCAAUAUACAGGUUUCUUUUUUCAUUUUUUUAUUUUGUUUUUAAGUGAGGAAAGUUCUCCAUUGUAUUUACAAUGACUUUGACAUCAGAAGUAUGAGUAUACUGUUAAUUCUUUUAUUCAAUGCUUCAAUGGUAGCAUUGACUGUUUUUUUGUGCA